CUAUAUCUAUUUAGUACUUGGUACCGUAUGCGACCGGUACAGUUGUGUGGAUCAGCCAGUACUUAGCAGAUUCAUCGAUCAGUGGUGCUGCGAAUAGCGUAGCAGCAGCUACGAAUGUGUGUCUGUAUGUCGUCGAUUUUUUUUUCUAUUUUGCCUAGUCGAGUGAUUGUUUCGUAUGGCGGUUUUUUUUUUGAAUUUAUAUUUGCUUAACGAGUUUGUGUACUUUGUUCCGAAAUGAGUACCUAGUAUAAUAUCGUGCGUACGUAUAUGUUAGUAAACGUGUUAGUGCCUAGAAAAGUGACAGGUAUAGUAAUUGACGAGGAGGAAAAAUCGCGAAUUUAAAUCGUCGUCCUCGUCGUCUGUGUGUGGUUUUUUUCGCGUUUCGCGUACCACGAGACGGUGGAGGAGCGCGAAAGAGCGGCCGGUAAAAGGUGCUAGAAGCUAGAACGAGCCGCUCUGGCUCUGCCUGCCAGUGGUGAGAACAGCUGUUGGUUUAGCUGCCGUCGUCGUCGUCGUCGCAGUGCCAACUCUUCGCUUUGUCGUCGUGCAGAUUCUGGUUGAGACCAGUUUACCGCCACGUGUUGUACAGAAUCGCCGAGUACUGCUCUAGUCGUCGUUGUGUCUGAUUUGUGUGCGGAAAAAUCUCGUAUCCGGAAGUCGAACUUUUGUAAUUUUUCCAUUCCGGCGAUCGUGCUUUGAAAUUAUUAAUCGAGUGCUCGGGUUUGUAAAAGGUGAACUUUGUGAUCGGCCGGAUUUUUUGCUGCAACGUGUUGAGAAAAUGGUUCCCGAUAUGAUAAGGUUGAACAAGCUUGGUGUGGAAUAUAUGGAAUGGCACCUACGAUUCAGGCUCAGCACGUUGUUGCGGUGACUAUUCCGACGAUAGCUGUUAUAUUUUUCACGUAUUUGUGGUAUAAAAAACGUUCGAAUAGCGUUACAAGAGGCCGAAGCGAUCCAGGAGGCGGAGGCGGCACAUCGAAGAAGCGAAAUCGACACCGUACCUCGGCCGGUAGCAGCCACAGCAACAGCGCUACCACUAGUCCGGCCAGCGCCGUAGCCAUUUCGGCCAUCGCCGAAAAAGAAACAUCUCCGGUAUCGUCGUCGUCGUCGUUAGUAUCGGAAGAAAUGAAAACCGCUAUGCAGAAAGCGAUCCGUGAUCUGGAAACUGCCGCUCCCAUCCAGGAGGUGUGUAGCGAUACCGAAGAAGCUUUCGCCGAACAGGAGACGACCACGGUCGCUUCUCAGACCGUGUUGGCUGGUGCCAAAGCUUGCAGUGAGACCUCUCAUAUAGAAGGAGAGACCGACACCGUUACCGAAUCCGUACAACGAGAAGGUGACAACGACGAUAGCAGCGACGUCGCUGUAUCGGCACCAGAACACCUCAGCUGGUCAGCCAUGCUGAGCGAAUCCGACGUCGAAGAAGUACCCAUUCAAAAGCACACGAAAUGCGAUUUGGGUUCGACAGGCAGCAGCAGCAACAGCAACAACCCCACCAUCAUCCAACAAACGGACAACGCUGCCGAAAGCACCCAGGUCAACGGUGGAACGUCGUCCGAAGAAGGCGUCGAAGUGGCAACGGCCACGUCCGACGAUAAAGGCUGCGAAUGGAAGGUGCGAAGCGCGACUACGAUGACUUCGGUGGCUACGCAAAGUGGUGGCCAAUUAUGCUGCGGAGUUCAGCGUCCUUCGAAGAACGGCGUCAGCGGCGGUGCCAGUGAUAAAAGUCGAAAUAAUCAUAAAGAUAAAGCCGCGGCAGUAAACGACGACCUGGAUGUGGCGAUGCAGAAAUUGGAGAGCAUGCGAAUCAGCGGCGGAGGCGGCAGCGCCGAUAAAACCACACCCAAACGUAAAUCUACCACUACUAGUACUAAAAGACAAAGCCUUAACGCAAAAGACGCGACGUCGGCGUCUUCUGCCGAUGAGAAAACAAACGCCGGAUCUCGUGCUGGCGCAAAAUCACCGGCUCCGACGUCGUUGACGACGGCCACCGCCAACGCGACGUCGCCGCCUCAUUCGUCGAAGGCGAAAAAAAGGAAAUCCAGGAAGAAAGCCAAGCUGACCAACGGUAACAACAGCGACGAGAAUACCACGUGUAAAGCACUGACUGACGAAGGCUCGGAUGGCGACGCGAGAAAUACCUGUGAUUCAAUUAAAAACUACGAUGUCUGCGCGGACAGGACGGCCGCGGCGGAUAAAAACAAUGCCAAAUGCGCGUACAGUAGCAGCAGAGCGCGAGUACCAGAGAAUGAAAGGAUAUAUAUUAAUUCUCAUGACGAUGAUAGUUUAAGAUGUAGUAUUAAAAAAACCGAUGACUGUGACCGUAAAGUUGUUGAAAAUCACCAACAAGAAGACUGUGAUAACGAGAGAGAUUCUGCCAACCAUAGUCCUGUCGAUAAUAUUUUAGAUUCUCAGUCAGUUCAUUUUUCAGAUGCUCAUAGUGAGGGUUCAAGUGAUAGCGGCAAAGGAUGCAGCGAAGGAGCAAUGUCGCCGUCACCUCAAACGCCCGCCGGCGGUAGUUCCAUAUCUGGAGACCAAAAUAUGGUUCUGCUGUUCCAGUUCGUCAUACCGCAAGAACACGUCGGCAAACUGAUCGGCAGACACGGUCAAUUUAUUAAUACCAUCAAAAGCGAUUCAAAUACCAGAAUAUAUAUCAAAAAACAUCCGACUUCGUUUAAAAAGAAGAUAUGCGCGUUGGAAGGAACGCAACAAGAAAUAAACAAAGCGUUGGAGUUGAUUAGAAAUAGAUUCCCCGAAGAGACAUAUCCGGAUGUUACUCUAGAAGAAUUUCCUAUGUCUUUACCAAUAGCGUGUCCACUUCGACCCGAACUGUUUCAAUUAGAUCUGGUUGAAGGCGUUAACAACGAUGUUGUGAUAAGCAGCGUCGUCACAGCUGGUCAUUUGUUCCUUCAGCAGCCAAUGCAUCCGUCUUACCAAUCGUUGACUUUGUUAAAUAUAAGUAUGAAUCAAGUUUAUAGUAGUCCCGAAGCUCCGGUAGUUUCGAAACCAGCUAAAGAUAAUAUCGUAGCCGCUCCGGCGAUGGACGGUUGGUACAGAGCGCAAAUCGUCUCAGUCAGCGAGAGCACAGAUUCGUGCGAAGUUCGAUUCUUAGACUACGGUGGUUAUUUAACUCUGAAUACGUCGUGUUUAAGAGCAGUCAGAGCUGAUUUCCUAACGUUGCCUUUCCAAGCGGUCGAAUGCAUUUUAGCUAAUGUGUCGCCGAUAAAUGGCACGUGGUGUGAAGACGCAAAAUUAGUUGUACAAGGAUUGACGUACGGUCAAAUUUUGCAAGCUCAAGUUUACGACUACUCUCCCGAAGGAAUUCCCUACAUAUUGCUAUACGCUGUGCACGGAACACAGGUGAUACUUAUCAACCAAGAAUUAGUGGCCAGAGGAUUCGCAUUUCCCACUUUACCGAACGAAGGUGGCGCCCAAUCGGACGAAUAUUAUGUGUAUCCUUGAAUAAUGAUGGAAAAAAAAGGCAUAAAAUAAAGAACCCAAAAAAAUUUCAUAUUUUUGAAAACAAUUUUCUAUUAUAUUAUAUGUAACCAUAUUAGCGUGUAUUACGUCGUUAUUCUUCAUUUUAAAAACUUUUUUUCCCUUUUAUCGAUGCUUCUUUUUUCUCCCGAAUUAUACCUAAUUUUUUCUUUCCUCAUUUUUCAAAUCAAAUACCUACAUUAUUAAACUUUAUGUAAGAGAUAACUACUACUGUAUAAUGAUACAUUUAUAUAUCUGCGUUCGAAAGCUGAUUUUUACAAAAAAGAAUUGAAAAAUAACGCGUAUUGUAAUUUUUUUGGCAUUUUCGCUUGUUCGGUUCAAUUAUUACCUUAUGUAUUGUAUUUUGUUGUAUUAAGAAUUUUACUUUACUACCUACCUACAUAUUAGAGCAAGUUGGCGACUCAAUAUCGGUUUUUAUGUAUCGUAUAAGUUAUAUUUUGCGGAUACUUCGUCGUACGAGUAUUUAUUUAUUUAUUUUUAUUUAAAAAACAAAAAAAGAUACAAAUUUAAUAAAUCAUCGAGAAAAAUAUACAUUUUUUAGACACGAAUCCCAAAGAAAUAUUACCAACUAACGAAACCGUACGUGUUUAAUUGCGGCCUAAAUUAAUCUCGAGAAUUUUCGCUUCUUCGUUUUGAAAAAAUAAAUAUUUAAAAUACGCGCGUAUUGUUGUGAAAAUUUUACCCUCUCUCUGUGUGUGUUUAAUGAUUCUAUUUUUAUGUAAAAUGUAGUGUAAUUUAUAUCGCGCAUCAAAUUUAAUAUGGGGAAAAAUAAUACGAAAUUUUAAAUUAUUAUAACUACAUUACAUAUUAUUUUGUUCGCAUUUUUUUCUCUUUUUUCGAGUUUUUUUUUUCUAUAUUUUUUAAAGACGAUUUUAUAAUGUGAAAGAAAUCGUCGUUUAUUAUGUUUAAUUUAUAUAUAUUUUUAGCUGUGUUUUUUUUUCUUUUUGCGUAUACGUUUAUACAUUUUCUCUUUUUUUUUGUCUUCUGUUAAUACGCUUUAAUGUUAUUAUUUUAUUUUACCGGUUAAUUUUGUAAUCAUGAACCUGAACCCGGAGUUGUCUGUAUGAAUUUUUUAAUAGCUAUUUUUAUCUCGAGCGAGAGUCCAGAAGGGGGUUUAAUAUCAAUUACUUAAUGCCGAUGCACUAUUCGUUUUUUUUUAUAUAAUUAUCGAAUUUUGAAAAAUGAUUAUUUUGGAUUUGCGAACGUUUUGCGUGUAUGUGUGUGUUGUGUUUUUUUUAAUAAUUACGUCAAUUUAAUUACCAUGGUAACUUUCGUUCGUCCAUUUUCUUCGCGAGGUGUUUUUAUUAAUCGUUUAAAAACGAAUAACACGUUUGUAAAUCGUGGAGUAGAAUACUUCGUUGGGUUUUUAAAUUAACGAAUAACGAUAUUCGAGUUAUUUAAUAACGUGAUGAUGUCGUCGAAAGACAAAAAAAAAAUAUCAAUUGUGGUACAGGACGAGACUGUUGGAAAAUUAAGACUGAUUUUUUUCUUCUUCUUCGUUUUGUAGUUUUCAACUGAUCGUUUUAAUUUUUCUUCGUUUUUAUUUCCUCCUUUCGGUUUCGUUUUUCUCUGCUUGAGUAGUGUUGAAGUAUUAGGUAGUGAUGACGUGGUAGGGGUUUGAAACUGUACACAUAUCAUACCCCCCCUUCGGGAUGUUUUGGAAAUUUUUUUCAUUUUUUUACCGGCUGCAUUUUGCAUUUAGACGCGAAUAUGUUGACUCGAUGGUACGGUAAUGACGUCGUUACUAUAUCAUGGCUGUAGCUUAGCUAUUUAACGUGUGUUUUUUUUCUUCUCGUUUAAAUGACUCGAUAAAAAUUUUUACGCAUUUAAUAAGGGGGUUGGCGUUGAUUUUUUUUUAUUAUUCGUUUUGAUUUUGAUUACUCUAAUGAAGUGAAGUGUUUCCGUACGUAUGAGUUUGUUUUUUCUCCAAUUUUUUUUUUUUUUUUUUGAAAACUAACAAUUUUUUUAAUUUUUUAUUCGCUUCGAUGAUUUGUAUAUUUUCUUUUUUUUUUUUGUAUUGGCGCUUCUGUAUUUUUUUUUAAAUCGGUGUUUUUGAUUAUUAUAAAUUAAGGAUCGAGUUACGUCGUCGUGAGGUGAUGAUGAGUGAUCGAUCGAUUGUGCCAUUUUUUUUCUCGAUGUGGAAGGAGGAGUUGUGUGAGUUGUGAGGAGUGAUUUUUUUUUUAUUACGAAGAAUGUCGAUCAUGAAUCAUCUAGUGUGAGUCGAGUAACUCGAUUUUACAUAUUACGUGUUGACGUAAUUUUUUUUGUUUCGAUGUAGUUUUGUUUUGGAAAUUAUUAUCUUUCGAAUUCAACAAAAAAACACAUUAUUAAGGUGAAAAAUAAACCGAGUAUUUAAAGUAGUGUUACUAGCUUCGAGUAUACAUACAUACGUAUAAAGGAUUUAAAAUACGAUACAUAUGGGAAUUUAUGAUUUCUUCUUUUCUUCUUCGAUAAUAAUUUAUUUAAGCGUCGAAAAAAAAAAUGUUUGAUUUGAAAAAAAAUAAAAUAAAAUAAAAAUAAUAAUUUGUUUAAAAGCUACUACAUAUUACUUUAAUAUAUAUAUUUAUUAUGAUUAUUUAAAAUGUAAUAUUUUUUUUUGUUAUUCCUUAAUUUUGUCAUAGCGUGACUUGUUAAGUUUGUAUCUCUCAUGAAAAUAGUUUAUUAUUUAAGCAGUUGAUAGUUGAUAAUUCAUUUUAUGGUUUAUUAAAAAUAAAGCGAUAUAAAUUUUA